AGCCUUCACCCCCCGCCCCGGAUAGACAGGACUCUUGGAACAGCACCCCAUGUCGAUAGCAGUGGGAGGCCGCAGUAGCUAGUUAGCCACCGGUUGUUGAGAUAGAGUCUGUUAGGGGUUGGAGCGAGGACUUGGAGGGGAGCCACUGAUUAUCUUAAUUCUAAUUUGCGCCUCGGCAGCAUUAAAAAGCGUAUUGUUUCACCAUUGUUUAGCUAGUAUUGUACGUGGGUUUUUAGAGAUAAUCCGCAGUGACAUUUGAUGUGCUGUGUGUAUCGUAGGACGUCAUCGGGAAAAUACACAUUGCUUUCGAAUACACCUAGCUAUCGUCAAUAGCUUCCCGUAUCUUGGAACUGACUGCCCGACCUUCGGCACAUCAACAGCAACAAUGGCAGAUAGAGAGCAACUGAUCCAGAGAGCCCGUAUGGCUGAGCAGGCGGAGCGGUACGAUGACAUGGCCUCAGCGAUGAAACAGGUGACUGAGCUGAGUGAGCCUCUGAGUAACGACGACCGCAACCUGCUCUCCGUGGCCUACAAGAACGUGGUGGGGGCCCGGCGGUCCUCCUGGCGCGUCACCUCCAGCAUCGAGCAGAGGGCCAUGGCCGACGGCAACGACAAGAAGCUGGAGCUGGUGAAGGCCUACCGGGAGACCAUCGAGAAGGAGCUGGAGACGGUCUGCCAGGACGUGCUCAACCUGCUCGACCAGUUCCUCAUCAAGAGCUGCGGAGAAGACCAGCUGGAGAGCAAGGUGUUCUACCUGAAGAUGAAGGGCGACUACUACCGCUACCUGGCCGAGGUGGCCACGGCCGAGAAGAAGACCUCCGCCGUGGAGUCCUCCGAGGGAGCCUACAAGGAGGCCUACGAGAUCAGCAAGAGCAUGGCGGCCACCCACCCCAUCCGCCUAGGUCUGGCCCUCAACUUCUCUGUGUUCUACUACGAGAUCCAAAACGCCCCCGAGGAGGCCUGCAAGCUGGCCAAGGAGGCCUUUGAUGAGGCCAUCGGACACCUGGACAAUCUGAACGAGGACUCCUAUAAGGACUCCACCCUCAUCAUGCAACUGCUGCGGGACAACCUGACCCUGUGGACCAGCGACCAGCAGGACAGCGAGGGGGGAGAGGCCCAACCCUGAGACCACCUCCUCCUAACCCCUGAUAGUCUUUAGCUAGAGUUAGCCACUCCCCUUCCCACUGCCCCCCCACACACACAUUCUUUACUAGUUUCAGAUCUUUUGUUCUCUAAUCUCUUCCUCAUCGCUCGUCUCUUUGUGCCAUUAUCAUGCUCAAUUAAGGCCUCAUCAGGAAUAAUCUGUUCUCUAGUGGCCUGUUGUUUUUGUCCUACAUUCUCACCUCUUCCCUUGCUGCAUUCACCCUCUCAUACUGUCCUCCUCAACUCUCUCCCUCUUUUCUGUCCUCCAAGGCUUUCUGUCCCUGGCCCACUUCCUGUGCGCUAGGUGGUAUUUUUUUCUGCUUCGAUCCAUUCCAUCCCCUCCCUUCCAUAGUUGCUGAUAAUUAACUGACUAGUUGGUAUUCAAGUGACAUUUCCACAGGAUGUUCUCGUGAGGACAAUUUAGUAUCGAUCAUGAGUGGAUGUCUGUAAUUCUAAUUAGGGAAAAUGUAUUUCAUUACGUUACACAGCAUAGUGGAAAUGUUACUAUUGACCAGAAUGUGGUUGUGAUCUCCUCCUUGACUUGAACCCUUUCUAUGCCCCCUGUCACUGUAAGAUGUCUGUCUGUUGUUCCUCCUCUCUAUUUCCUGUCUGUUGCCCUUUCCACUCUGCCCUCUGAUCUCUGUGUGCAUUGCUAGCCCCUGUGAAUGUGUGUGCCAGCAAUCAUACCAUUUUGAAAUGUCCACCUUCUGAAGGUUGAUGGGACAGUGUCUGGAGUUUUCAGUUGUGCAAAGUACAUUUGUUUAUUAUUAUGAAUAAUGUGUGGUCAUUAAAAGAAUGCCAUUAAAACAUGACCUACCCUGGGAA